AUAUAGAUGCGAGCUCGGCUAUGCUGUGCCGCAGUGCCGCUGCAGCUCCUGUGCGUGCAAACACUUAAUACCUCGUCGACGAGCUAGAGCUCUACGGUGGUGGCCGCGAUGGACCCGUACAAGUACCUCAAGAUCCGGUUUAACCCGGACGGCUCGCUCAUCCGCUACGGGGAAGCGCCGCUCCUCCCUGCGGCGCCGGCGGGGGAGCCCGUCGUGGAGGGUGAGGACGAGCCGGCGCGCCGCAUUGUAGUCCACUCCAACGACGCCCCGCUCAGCGACGCCACCGGCACGAGCCUCCGGCUCUUCGUGCCGUCCGGAGCCGGCGCCGGCGCGCGCGGGCACGGCACCCUGCCGCUGAUCGUGUACUUCCACGGCGGCGGGUACGUCCUCUUCCGCGCGGCCUCCGAGCCGUUCCACAACACCUGCAUGGCCCUCUCCGCCGCCGUCCCGGCCGUCGUCGCGUCCGUGGACUACCGCCUCGCGCCCGAGCACCGCCUCCCGGCCGCGUUUGAGGACGCCGCCGAUGCGGUCCGGUGGGCGCGUCCGCACGCCGCCGCCGGCAGGCCGGUCUUCGUGAUGGGCAGCCACAACGGGGCCAGCAUCGCGUUCCGCGCGGCGCUGGCGGCGGUGGACGAGGGCGUGGAGCUGCGCGGGGUCAUCCUGAACCAGCCCCACCACAGCGGCGCGAGCAGGACGCCCGCGGAGGCGGCGUCGGUGGACGACCGCGUGCUACCGCUGCCCGCGAACGACCUGCUCUGGGAGCUAGCGCUGCCCGUGGGCGCCGACCGGGACCACGAGUACUGCAACCCAGAGGCCAUGCUGGCCAGCGUGGGCGCGGCGCGGCUGCGGAGGCUCCCACCCUGCCUGGUGCUCGGCCGGCGGAAGGACCCGCCGAGGGACCGGACAAAAACGCUAGUCCAGGCGCUGCAGAAGGCCGGGGUGGCCGUCGAGGCACGGAUGGACGGCGCCGGGUACCACGCGAUGGAGCUGUUCAAGGCUAACUGCGCCGCGGAGUUCAUCGCGCAGGUGGCUGACUUCGUCCGCCGGCGCUCCUCCGCCGCCGUCUCCAGCGACGUGAUUGGUAUGAGCAAGCUGUGAUCUUGAAACCGACCGGUCACAGAGGAGGUUGUUGCACGGGAGUAUCGUGCAACUUGCGUUAAAAUUUAAAGGAUACUUCUCAAUCAUACCAUCAUCGUCAUGUUAGGCCAAUCACAUUGCUUUGUUUUUUAUGAUAUCCCCGAUGUGUGGGUAAGAAAUUAAUAUUAAAAAUAAAUUUUUAAUGUAGGUAUUCUAUAUAUUGUUUUUUAAGUCUUCAAGAUAAUUAAUAGUUGCAUGUAAUAUAAUCAAAAAUAUUAUUGUGGAUA